AUGCGGAUCACCAAGGGCCCCACGCCUGAGAUCCCCACGGAGUACUCGGUCGGCAUACGCAUGCUAGGCAAGGAGUUGCUCGACCGGGACCCGAGCAGGCGACCACCCGCGGCGGAGGUGCUGAAGAAGCCCGUCGUACAGGAGGUCGUGAGGAAGAUGCUCGACGAGGUCAAGGCCGAGGAGGACGCCGCGGCACCGCCGGCGGACGCGCCGCCUCGGGCGGGCGCGCCGGCGGCGGCCGAAGCGGGCGGCUCCGCACCCUCGGGAGCCAAGUACGUGAGAGACGCGGGCUCCUACAGAAAGAACGAGGUAGUGGAGUAUUACAGCGAGACCCACAAGGAGUGGCUGCCCGCCUCGAUCACCAACGUGGACGCCGAAGGCCGCAUAAUGCUGAACGUGAAGCCCAACGUUUGGCUGUCGCUGGACGUCCAGGGCUCGAAGGUGCGGCCCAAGCAGGGCGCCGACCAGGGCCAGCCGCAGGUGGGGUUCCUCUGA